AUGCCUUCAAUAGGACCCACCAUGCCGCCGCACCUCUCCAAGCGCAGUCGCGACGACGAAGAUGAUCGCGCAUCGAGUCCAGAAUCUGGCGACAAGCGCAGACGAGUCAUCGGCCCAGCACCUCCACCUUCCGCAUCCUCACCUCCGCGCACAGCUGGGCCUUCACUACCACCAGACGCGACAUCACGAUCUAGUAGUGUUGACAGCAACGUCGGUCCUGCGCCACCACCAUCCUCAAAGCCGGCGCGCGUAGUCGGACCUGCUCCACCACCAGCGCCUCUGGACGAGCGGCCGCCAAACCCACCAGACAGCGAUUCCGACAGCAGCGACGAUGACUUUGGGCCUGCGCCGCCACCAGCCGGGGGCGCAUCUUCAGGCUUCGACAACGCGGUGGGCAAAUCAGCAUUCGACACCGAACCGCAAUUCACCGAUGCGCCGAAGAAGGCACAGCGCGACGAAUGGAUGACUCUGCCCCCGACGCAGGACGACCUCGCUGCUAGAAUGGACCCCACAAAAAUGCGCGCGCGCAAGUUCAAUACAGGCAAGGGCGCAGGAGGCACUGGAGGCAUGAGCAGCGCAUGGACCGAGACACCAGAGCAAAAGCUCAAGCGGUUACAAGACGAGGCCUUGGGCAUAACCGCGCCCACCAAUUCUGCACCUGCCACGUCGGAGUCCAAACGCAACAAAGAAGAGGAGAGGAGGGCACGCAAGAUGCGCGAGAAGAUCGAUGCGGCACGCGGCAAGAGUCUCGUCGAGCAACAUCAAGACAAGGGCACCGGCAAGGAGAAGGAGGACGAUCCUAGCAAGCGCGCCUUUGACUACGAGAAGGACAUGGCUGUGAGCGGCUCGCUCAAUCACAAGCAGAAGCGCGAGAUGCUCAGCAAGUCAAAGGGUUUUGGCGAUCGCUUCUCGAGCGGCAACUUCCUGUAG